AUGACUGAAUCGACAACCGGACAUCAGCAGGCACUGAUACUGUUGAUGACACUCGCUUGCACACUGCUGCCCCCGGUAGUACACUCGCGCCAGGACUACUAUUACACCAAUCAAGAUCCGUACGAAGACGACCUGUCGCUCUGGAUCAACGAGCAGCAGGUGAAGAUAUUUAGCGGCGUCGCGAUGAAGAUCUACGCCAUCGACAACGGGCGCGUCUCGCCCCAUAUUCGGGAUCCAAACUUUAGCCAGUACCUGCCAGUCAUCCCGUCCGAGGUGAGCAGCGUCAACUUCACCUGGAAGGCGGGCACGAAGAAGUACUACUACAACUUCGACCGGCUGAUGUCGGUGGAUGAAAACAUUCUCAAGCCACCGACGAUCUCGAUCAAAACGUCCGGACGCAUACCGACGGACGCCAAGGAGUUCAGUGUGAUCCUGCCAUGCUCCGGUAAUGUAUCGGGCAUUGCAAUGUUCAGCAUUGGACUCCUGAUCCAAACGCGGAAAGGCAAGCCGGUCCCCGGCACGCCUCUCCGCAUCAAACUGCGUAAGGAAUGUGCACAUAGAGGUGUGUAUGAAAGAUCUUCUACUCUAACAUCUUCUUCGCAAGGACCCGACCCGGAGUGUGACAAGAAGUGCGCCAACAAGGGUGUUUGCAACGAGGACAAGAUCUGCCAGUGUCCGGAAGGUUAUAUGGGGCAGUACUGUCAGACGGCGCUCUGCUAUCCACAGUGCAUGAACGGUGGGAACUGUACUGCGCCCGGGACCUGUUCCUGUCCGCACGGUUACCAGGGCCGCCAUUGUGAGGGAGGGAUCUGUGCGGACAAGUGCCUAAACGGUGGCAAGUGCAUCCAGAAGGACAAGUGCGAAUGCACCAAGGGUUACUACGGAUUGCGCUGCGAAUACUCCAAGUGUGUCAUACCGUGUCUGCACGAUGGCAAGUGCCGAGGGGUGAACAAAUGCCGCUGCAAGCCGGGACUGAGCGGAGAUCACUGCCAGAUCGGGCGUCGGCAACGUUCCACCUGCAAGAGACCGUGCAAACAUGGACUCUGCCAACCGAACCAUACCUGCGCGUGCGACAGCGGAUGGUACGGGCGGUUAUGCAAUCAGCGUGAGAAGAAGCGCCGUAACACCAACGGAGAUGGUGGUGGUUCAGCGAGACUUCCAAAGAAAUAA